UAGAACCCCGAACGAUUGCAAGAAACGAUGUAGAAGACAGUGAUGAUAGUGGAGUGGUAAAUUUUCGCAGACCCAGCAGUCAGUUAGAGGAGGAACAGUUCCCAAAACGAAGUGCAAGGGCAUCUGCCAAAAGGGUUACGUAUGUGGAAGACUAUGUGAAUGAGGAUACAGACAGUGACAUAGAUUUCCCAAGGCAGACAAGACGUGGUCGGCGACAUGCAUCUUUUAAGGAUGUUGAUGAUGAAGAUGGUGGUGCUGGUGACAGAAAAUCAUCAAAGGGGCGUGGAAGAUCACCAGGAAGACUGAGAUCUCUAGGACAACAAGGAAGGCCAAGAUCUCCAGGGCGACCACGUAGACCUCGAAGAACUGCAGAUUACCUCGUUGCACAUCCAAGUCCAAAACAAAUUAAGAUGGAGCAAUUAGCUGAUUUAGAUGAGAAUGGAGUCAGGCGAAGCUCACGUACACGUGGAAUGAUGUAUCACACCUAUGAUCAGAAAGAUUUGGAGAACAGCUAUGAAGAAGAACCAUUAAAGAAAAAACAGCGUCAGGAAGUUGGGAUGGAUGAUAACCAAGAUAAUGAUGAUUUUACAGAUAUAUAUAGUCGAGUAAAGCGUCAGCGUAAGACAGUGAAGCGUGAUAUGUAUGGUAUGCCGAUUGAGACAGACAAUGAAGAAGUGGAUGACCAAGAAGAGGAAGAUGAAGAGGAUGACAGCUCAGAUGGAGAGGAGGAUGAUGAUGAUGACAAUGAUAAUGAAAAUGAAGAUGAUGAUAACAAUGAGGAUGAUGAUGAAAAUGAAGCAGAAGAAAAGAAGACAAGAAGAUCAUACAAUCUGCGAGAGAACAAACCAAGAACUCAACAUUAUAUAGCACCUGUUCAAGAGAGGAGACAACGUGUACAAUCUAGGUUUUUCAGUGAUGAUAUACCAACCCCACACUCACCAGCAAGGAGACGUCGAACUAGGCCUGAUAAAAUGACAUACAUGUCUCCAGCACGAAGGAGGAGAGGCCCUAUUAAUAGGCGACGAAGAGCUUUCCAUGGUUCCAGUUCAACAUCAUCAUCAUCAAGUGACUCAGGUAGCAGUGAUGAGGAACGAUUUCAGAGAAGGAAGGCCAAGAGUAUGCUGAAAUCUAGACAAAGGUGUUUGCCAAUGAACUUUGAUCCUGACGACAUUACAAGAUCAACAUUGCUGAGAGAUCGUCAGAAGAUUGGCUCCAGUCUUGCUGAUGUUGAUCCAAUGACUAUAGAUAAAUCGGUGACAUUUGACAGUGUUGGUGGAUUAGGUAAACAUAUUCGAGCUUUGAAAGAGAUGGUAGUGUUUCCAUUGCUGUAUCCAGAAAUAUUUGAACGCUUCAAGAUAGCACCACCAAGAGGAGUUCUGUUUUAUGGACCUCCAGGGACUGGUAAAACCUUGGUUGCUCGAGCACUGGCCAAUGAAUGUAGUACAGAUGAUAGGAGAGUGGCAUUUUACAUGCGUAAAGGAGCUGAUUGUCUCAGCAAAUGGGUUGGAGAGUCUGAGAGACAACUUAGGUUGCUUUUUGAUCAGGCAUACCAGACACGACCAUCUAUAAUAUUCUUUGACGAGAUAGAUGGUCUAGCACCAGUGCGGUCUAGUAGACAGGAUCAGAUCCACAGUUCCAUAGUGUCUACACUGCUUGCACUCAUGGAUGGCUUGGACAGUAGAGGAGAGAUAGUGGUGAUAGGAGCAACCAACAGACUUGACUCCAUUGAUCCGGCUCUCAGAAGACCUGGAAGAUUUGAUAGAGAGUUUCUGUUUCCUCUGCCCUCUGUACAGGCAAGGAGUCAGAUUCUGAAGAUACAUACCAAGGAAUGGAAUCCAAAACUUUGUGACAAAUUUGUGUCAGAGGUUGCUGAAAAAUGUAUAGGUUAUUGUGGUGCUGAUAUGAAAGCAUUAUGUACGGAGGUGGCACUUCUAGCGUUGAGGAGACGAUACCCUCAGAUCUAUACAUCCUCGGAGAAACUUCAGAUUGAUGUCUCCUCCAUCAACAUCAGUGCAAAAGAUUUUCAUUCUGCUAUGAAAUCCAUUGUACCUGCAUCACAAAGAUCUGUGACAUCACCAGCACGUGCCCUGUCUGUAAAGAUCAUGCCAUUGUUACAGAACAUGUUCCUGCAGACGUUAGAGACGCUCGGCAGUAUAUUUCCAUCAGUUCUUAUGCAGCUGUCAAAUCUUGAUGCUCCAUCAACAACGAAGUCAGGUUGUGGAGGAGAAAGCCAGCUUGCUGAGGUAGACCUGUGCAGUGACGAUGAUGAUAGGGAUGUUAGCAUCUAUGAACAGAAAAUUGAUAAAAGAAGAAAAGUGUCAAACAUUCCAGAACAACCAGAAACUUUUCUCAAUUUUACCAGCUAUGCAAAUCGUCAUCCGAGUACACAUCGACCACGCCUACUGUUGUCAGGGACCAAUGAUCGGGGACAAACUUCACAUCUUGCUCCUGCUAUAAUACAUCAUCUGGAACAACUGCCUGUUCACACGCUUGAUCUCUCAUCAUUGUAUGCUGUCAAUGCCCGUUCACCUGAAGAAUCCUGUGCUCAUAUAUUCCGUGAAGCAAGACGUACAUCGCCCAGUAUUAUUUAUUUACCACAUGUGAAUCAGUGGUUUAGUGUUGUUGGUGAAACAGUGAGGGCUACAGUGCUGACAUUGAUACAUGACCUUGAUCCUAGCAGUCCUGUCUUACUUCUAGCUACAAGCGAAGAAAAAUUCUCUCAACUAGAUUAUGAUGUGCAGGACUUGUUUGAUGAAUAUUGUGGGGAAGUUGUGAAUAUAAGAAAUCCUACACGGGAUGAAAGGCAGGAGUUCUUCAAAGACCUUCUGCUGAAUCAGGCAACAAAGCCUCCUGUUCAGAGAAAAGUUGCAGCUCAAAGAAUAUUGGAAGUACUUCCAAAAGCUCCUCCCCCUGAGCCAAGGAAAUUGACCGACCAGGAGCUGAAGAAAUUACAUGAUCAUGAGGAGGCAACUCUGACAGAGCUGCGUCUGUUCCUUAGGGACACAUUGAACAAACUUGGCAGAGACAGGAAAUUCUUUAUCUUCACUAAACCUGUUGAUAUUGAAGAUGUACCAGACUACUAUGAGAUUAUCAAGAAACCGAUGGAUCUAUCCACAAUGAUGUCUAAGAUAGAUCUACAUCAUUACCAGUCAGUGAAGGAAUUCCUCGCAGAUAUUGAACAGAUCUGCAUGAAUGCACUGGAAUAUAAUCCAGACAAAGAUCCACAAAGUCGUGUUAUCAGACAUAGAGCAUGUGCACUGAAAGACACGGCAUAUGCCAUCAUAAAGGCAGAACUGGACAAAGAUUUUGAGAAGAUAUGUGAAAGUAUUGUAGAAUCUAGAAAACAGAGGGGAGAGGAAGGUACACAGACUGCUCCCUCAUUUUACCACACAAAACCACUGAAUGUCGGGCCAAUGCAUCCUCUUGCCGUGACAAAAAGAUCUACCUCCACCGACAACACUCCAAAGGACCCAAAUGUUAGAACAAGUCGACGAUUGCAAGGGGCUGAAGCUACUGAUGGCCCUUCUCUAGAAGAUGUAGAACGAUCUGCUAGGGCCUUAAAACGUCUCAAGAUGUCUCCAUCAAAGGAGAAAGAGAACAAUUCAACACCUCAGGGACAACUGAAAAAGAAUACUCAAACAUCCAAAAGCAGUUCAGGUUUAAAAUCAUCUCAGUGUUCAAGCUCAGGGAAUAAAAAUGACUCGAGCUCAAAAUCAUCUUCCACUAAAAAGCCUGUUAAGAAAGAUAUUUGGGGUCGCAGAAGUUACAGAUCGAGAAAGAGAAGAUAUAAGAGAAAAAGAAUUGAAAGUGAUGAAGAAGACUUCAAAGAAAUUCAAGAUGAUGACGAAGAUGAUGUUGAAGAUGUUAAUGAUGAAAGUAUAAAUGAGGACGAUAAUGAGAAUCAGGAAGAUAUGGAAGCAGAAGUAGAGGAGGCCACUGACGGAACAGUGCAUGUCUCACCAAGGCGUGAAACUAAGAACUCACCAAGACGUAAUUCAGCAGAUAAAUCUGCUGGCGCUAAGUCACCUCGAAGAGAUUCAAUGAAUGAAUGUUUAAGUGUAGAUGUUCAUAUGAAGUCACCUAAAGAUUGUGCAAAGUCCCCUAGUCAAAGAUCCCCAAGGUCAGAAAGUCAAAUGUCACCUAACCAAGGCACUCGAUCUCAAGAUGAAUCUCCAAGUAGAUCUUGGUCACCUCGUUCAGAUUCUGGUCACAUGACCCAGCGACAUUCCUCCGGUAGCCGAGCCUCAAGGUCUCAGGAUAACCAGAACUUAACAGUACAUGAAACGGAGCAUAAAUCACCUAGAAACAUUUUCAAUUCACCAGAGAAAGCACCAAACCAAAAUAACCUUUCUAAAACAUUAGACAAUGAGGAGGAAUCCUUAAAUCAAAGCUCUUCUCAGAAAGUGCCUUCAUCAAUUGAUAAAAGUAGGGUGAAAUCAUUGUUGCCCAUCAAUGGUUUUGUAGACAGUGGACUAGGUAGUUCCGACAAUGGAGAUUCAAAUGACAGUGUUGGUAAACUGACAACUUCAUCAGAUAAUAGUGAACAAGUCACAGUAAACAAAACUCAGGGUACAUCAGAACAAAAUGAACAGGGCAAUCAUCAUGAAAGAUCUCCACAAAAAGAAGCGUCAUCACCUGUUAAACCAUCAUCUCCUAUUAAACCAUCAUCACCUGUUUUCCAUGUGACAAGAUCUCGCACACAGACCCGGGCCCAGGAGAGGGCUGUUGAAGUUUUAAAUGAAAUGAUGGAACCACUAGUCAUAGAUCAUGAACGACUUGUCAGGCUCCUAGACCUGACUGUUUUAUUGACCGAGGACUAUAACAUACCAAGACUGGAGAAACUGUACAGCCGAUUGGCUCAGUGCAUUUAUGAACACAGACUGGAGUAUAACAAGACUGCAAUGGUAGAGGAGAUGGAAAAACGACUUAAACAUUACACAUCUAGCAUUACAGAAAGACUGAAGGCAGAGAGGGCUAAAACUGUCUCUUCAUAGCGAUGGAAAUAACAUAUAUAGUAUAUAGACACACAUACUGGCUCAGUGUAGCAGUUUUAUUUGAAUUACUUAUAUAUUUAUUUAUUAUAUAUAUUGAUGAACUCAAGGAUUUUUGAUGAAAUGAGUACCCAUAAAUGUAAAAAAAUGAAACUCCAGAAAGAAACAGUUUACAGGAUAUUUAACUGCAUCAUUAUUUAGCUAUAAAUGAUAAAUUUCAGCCUUCAUUUUCUGCCCGAAAUCUUAGAAAAUAGUGCAUGUUAUGUUAUAAUCAAAACUAGGGUUAACACAGAUCUUGAAAAGUGACGGAGUUUAAGUCCUAUAAAACUUAGACAUUAAAAAAAAACAGUAAAUAAUGGAAUAAAAUCAGUUUGUGGUUGUUCAGUCCAAGAUUUCAAGAGAUUGUUUCAAGAAAACUGAUUCUUGAAAAAGUGAAUUAAGUAAGUAGUACUUGAAUUUUGUCUUUAGCAUUCUGUAUGAACAAUUAUUUAAGAUUUUCAACCAGGUUCCUUGUGUUACAUUUUCUGUAAUUUAUACAUAUAUGUAUAUUUAUUGUCACAGUAAAAAGGAAAGAUUGUCAUAAACUCAGACAGAAGGGGUCAGACAUUUUCAAUAUUUUGUUUUCUUGCCAAUUUUGACCCUAUAAAUGUUUUGUGGGAGGGGUAGAUUUGUUAGCUUAUAUGCUAUAUAAAGGCACUACAUCGUACAUGAUGGAUGAAAUUUGUCAUUAGUUAGUUUGUCAUUUACAGGUAUUGAUGGAUGCAGUUAUUUUGCCUUCUUUCUUUUUUUGGAAUUUAAUAUUUUUGCAUAAAAGGGUAGUGAUUUCGGCCAAAGUCGCGUACCUCUAUUUGUUUAAAUUCCACCUAUUUAUUACAAAGAUAAUUUAACAUACAUGCUGCCACAUGUGUUUCUGUGCAUGUAAUUUGAACAAAUGUAAACUGAGUUUUUUUGUUUUUUUUUUUAAUAUUUCCAUUGAAAGGGUGAAUAAUAUUGAAUAUGCAACUAAGGCCAAGAUAUCAAUAGUUUUGGGAUAGAACAGUUCUUAAGGAACAUUUAAGAUUGAAAGGUGCCCAAAAUAGUUGGGAGAUGAAAUUUUGUGUUUCAUAAUUUUUUCUAGUGUUCAGUGCAUCAUACAUAUAACAAGUUUCGAGAAUAAAUUUAAACAUGUUAAAUAUAUCAUUUUGUUAUACAAGUGUUCAAGGUAUUUACAUAAGUUUAUAAUUGUAUUCUGAAAAUAGAUAUUUGCAUCAUAUGUUAUAGAGAACUGUAUGGAUGUUUCUGUUGUGUUUAUUGACUUUAGUUUCUACUUGAUGAGAGUGAAUAUUUUCAAGGAAGUGUUUAAAGAAUCAGUCAGUAUUUUAAGGAAUUUUCUUUCCUUUUUUUGUUAAUACAAAGUCAGCCCUAGUUUGACAUCCAGGAAAUAAUGAUAUAUCUUCCAGUAGGUAAUUCUAGUUUUACAUUCAUCCUCUCUGAUUGUAGCAGUUUCCAUCUAGUUAUUAAGCAAGACAUUUUGUAUAAUGAAUUUGGAACUUUCUUAGAAUACUGUUGAAGAGGACAGUUUAUUAAUUUCAGCUGAAACCAUUUUUAAACCGGUUUAGAGAGAAACAGAAUUUUUGUUUUGUUAACUAUUCAUAACAGAUUAUGUCAAGGUAAGAAGCUAAACAUUGAGUUAAAGCUAGAACACAUCUUCUGUCUGUAACUGUGUUGAUGCUGACUGUGUUAAAAGUAAAUAUUUAUUUUCAAAUCUUGUAUAGUAAUCUUUAAAACUUCAUUAUAUAUAUUGUUCUGUACCUAUGUUUUUGCUGAUAUUUAUAUACUAUACAUUAACAAAUUUUUAUCAGAUUCUUACAUUCUGUAAGUAUUUAUAUUAACUUCAAGGUAAAUCUGGGUUUAUGAAUUUUUUAACAUUUUUUUUUUCCAGAUUGUGAUAAUUUGUGUCUACAUUCUAUAUAUUUUGUUAUAAUACCCGAAGAUACUAGAUAUAUAUAACGGCUAUAUUGGAGUCACGCAUAUCAGUCUGUCCAUCAUGUCCACUCCAUAUCUUCACAGUUGGGAAAAUUUUGGUAAAACUAUAUUCAUUUGUUAACCUCAUCUAGAUGACAUCCAUUGCACACAGAUCCAGUGGUUAGAUAGUUAAACAUUGGGUCAGCUUCAUAUUGUGUAUGCAGCUUUAAAGAUUUCAUAGAACUACCAUCGGUGGUUAAUCUCAUCCUUACGAUGUCCAUAUCGCACAAACGAGGUCACUGGGCUGCAGGUCAUGGUCACAUAUGAAGGUUAAAGGUCAUAUAUAGUUUGUCUGAACAGCUUGGACAAUUUUCAUAAUUAAACUUCAGUUAUUUACCUUACCUAGACGACGUGCACAGUGCACUACCUAGAUUACAAGGUCCUCAUUCAAUGUCACACUUGGAGGUCAAAUGUCAGAUAGUUGAACUGCGUGUCUGCUUCAUAUCUUUUAAACUGUUUGGAAGAUUUUGUAAAGCUGGAUACAUUUCUUCACUCAGUCCAAUGUCAAGAUCACGCUUGGAGAUCAAAUAGCUGAAAUUCACUCCAUAUCUUCUUACCAUCUAGAAUGAAUUUAAUAAAAUAAGCAUCAUUUCUAAUCUCAUCCUGUUGACAUGAAGGAUGCACAACCCAGAUCAUUAGCUCACAUGUGAGUGUUACACUUGGAGGUCAAAGACUAAAUAGGUUUUAUUUGUGUCCUGUCCAUAUCUAACCACUGCAAGGAUUUUCUUCAUCAAAAAUCUAGCAGCCAUUGCUAACCACAUCAAGACAAUCUGCAGCAUGUACAACCUAGGUCACUACACCCAAGACCAAGGACACAUUUGGAAAGUCCAUGGUCACUUCAUUUUACUUACACUGUAUCAUAGUAGCAUCUGGGGGUUAUUUAUUGCCUAUAAUGAUAGCUGUAGUUUCUUCAUGUAUUAUUAACUACAGGAAUAGGUUACACCUGGAACCAGAUAAUGUGCACAUUUUUAGCUCAUUUUUUAUUCAUGGUCUGCCUGUCAAGUGUAAGUGUUGAGCAGUUUUCUCCUUGCUUAUCUCUAAGUAACCUGUUACUUAGGAUUGUUGCAUGUCUCAUAUUCAUCCAUCAUCCCAAUUUCUUUGAAGAAUGUCUUGUAAAUCAUAAAGCAGUUUCAGCCAAAUUUCUUAGGAAAGGUCCUUGGGUGGUCUCAUCUCCGAUUCCUUCAAAACUAGGCCGUCCGUUUCCCAAGAAACCACUGGUUUGAUUUUGAAAGUUUACACUGGGGUUACUUGAGUGAUCCUAACCCACCCUCUUAGCUCAAUAGGGAGUGCGCAAAUCUACGGGUCACAGUCACGAGUUCUCCGUGAAGAGUUGAUAAAAGACAUUUUUGUUGUCCUAUACAUCUGGUUCAUACAUGUGGGAAAGUUGGCAGAGAACAGGUUUGUACUGUUACAAAAUCCUGGAACACUGGUUAGGUUAACUGCCUGCCAUUAUUGAACUGAAAUACUGUAAACCGAAACAUACAAACAGAAUCUAUUAAAUUCCUUCAGGCUAAUCUUACACAUUAACACCACCCAGUCCCUACAGUUAUUUUGUACCUCAUCUGAACUGUUUGUAUAGGCUGAUGAUAGAGCAUUCAUCGUCCAUGGUCGUGCGUCAUGAUUUUACUUAAACAGCUUCACACUGUUCACAGGUUUCCAAAAUAAAAUAUGAGCCGUGCCAUGAGAAAACCAACAUAGUGGGUUUGCGACCAGCAUGGAUCCAGACCAGCCUGGUCAGGAUCCAUGCUGUUCGCUUGCAAAGCCUAUUGCAAUUAAAGAAACCUUUAGCGAACAGCAUGGAUCCUGACCAGACUGCGCGGAUGCGAAGGCUGGUCUGGAUCCAUGCUGGUCGCAAACCCACUAUGUUGGUUUUCUCAUGGCGCGGCUCAAUUAUUAUAAACCUGUUUGAAAAUUUACUACUUAGUUUCAUUUAAAGAUGUGUAUAAAUAUUUCAUUAGAGCUUUAUUAUUUGCAACUGGGAUGACAACAUUUGGCUUUGCAUGAUUGUAAGAGGUAAAUCAUAGGGUCUGAACAACUAGUUUUGCUGUUCCUCUUUGAUUCCAAUAGGUAUAGAUUUCUUUAUUUCAAACCCAAUGUGUUUAUUUUGAUGUAAAUGAAAUGUGAAACCAAAAUUUUUAGUCCUGGUUGGCGCCAUAUGACCUAUACCGUGUUGAUGUGCCGUAAAACCCAAAUCAGACCCUUGAUUAGUUAUGCAUAUAUGAUUUUUUGUGUGACUUGUAUAACAUUUUUGUUACUGAUUUUGAUGUAUGUUGUAAAUAGGCAGGGGAAAAACUUCUAAAAACACAUGACCAGUUUCUGCAAACAUCAUAACUGCCACCAACAUGAUGUGUACUACCUUGUCCAAUAAUACCUUGUCUGAUGAUAUAUUGAUGACUUUUCAAAAUGAUUUCACAGGAUCCUCAACCAAAACUUAAAGCAACCUGUGAAACUUUGGUGAGCAAUUUAGGGCCAUUAUGGCUCUCUUGCUUUAAGUUUAAUGUACAUAUCAGCUUUCUUGUAAUUUGCUUGAUGAGAUGUUUAUGUAUCAGAUACUCACUUUUAGCAGAUGUAGUUAUAUCCUUGUAAGUGUAAAAUCCCUCAUUUAUACAGGAAGAAAAUUGAAUAUUUAUAUGUGAAAUAUGUUCCUAUACAUUUCCAGCCAGAUACACUAGUCAGAUCUGAAUAUUUUCCUCAUUUUUCUGCUAUAUGGUCAGUGUCCACUGUCUGAGAGACUGAGUGAUAGUUCAUAGUCUGAUUUAAUCCUCUUGGAGGAAAUCCAUGAAGUGAUAUGUUCAUCUGGUCAAGUUGAUAUGCAGGUCAAGGUCACAGCUGAAAGUCGGACAUUUGAGCCUUGGAUAUUGUGUCUGUACAUAUCCUCUUAACUCCUCAAGGAUAUAUGUGAAAUACUGGUUGAAUGUUCAACUUAUCAGGAGGACCUGCAGAAAUUGCACCAUCCUAGGGUCAAGAUUAUGUUUAAGCAUGCUUCAUUCAGACAAAAAUUUCACAAAAUUGGCACUGCAAAUUGACAGUAAUAUCAAAUAAUGUAUAGUGCAUACUGUAAAACUACCUGAUAUGAUAUUUUGGUUUCGGAAACAAAAUUUUUGUUGCUGUUGCAAAGCUUACCAACUGCUCCUUACUGUGAGGCAAUUUACAAUGUUAUGUAUAAGCAACCUGCGUUAAUUAUGUCUCCCACCACACCUUGGUGUGGGAGACAUUUUGAUUUACGUCUGUCUGUGUGUCUGUCACAAAUCUUGUCCAUGUUCUUAGUUGAACAGUUCUCAUCCGAUCUUCACCAAACUUGAACAAAUUGUUUUGACCAUAAGUCCUCAGCCAAGUUCAAUAACUAGCCAAAUCGGCCCAGGCACUUCGGAAUUAUGGCCCUUGAAACAUUGUUUUUCAUAAUCAAAUCACUGAAAGUCUGACUGGUAAUUGCAGUUAAAAAUAAAGUUUUGCGUGCAAGUUACUACAAGUAUCUUCAAAACUAAUGCUGAUACUGGAUUGAAUCUACAGUUAUUUUAACAUUUGGGUAAUAUUCCUGCUUCUAGGACAACAGUUAGAAAAGUCUGGCAUUGGCUGUCUUACGGACAGCUCUUGUUUCAUUGCAGAGCAAAGUUCCAGGGGGACAAAUGUCCAACAUCCUGUUUUUGUAAUACUAAAUGUGAUGUACAAAUCCCUCAGAGAGAAAAUGAUAGUUCACAUUGAAUGAAGACUGACAAUCUACCUUCAUCUUGUAUUGUCAUUUAUGUGAAAAUGUUUUGCAUUUGUGUAUCAGGGUAUAUGUGGAAAAUCUCUUAAUUUUGAUUGAACCUAUUCUACUGUAUAUGGAAGAUUACAAUUCAUGACUUAAAGAAGUUGACUACAGUCUGAAGCUAGUUUAAAUUUAUGUAAAAGAUACCAGUCUGUUUUCCUUUUAUCUCCAGAUGGCUAGUUUUUAGUACAUUCUAAAUGUUAGUAUAUUCUUUCAAGUACCGUUUAAUCUGCUGUGUAGAAUUUCAUUGUACUCUCUGUUGUAAUUUUGUUACUUGGUAAAUGAACUUCGUUACUUUGGUACAACCUUUAUCUUUGUCGUUAUUUAUUAAUGUUCCUUACAAGUAUGUGUGCAUGUUAAGGUGAAAUAUAAAAUGUUGUCAUUUUCCAGGUCAGUUUCAAUUGAAUAUUUGCUGUUUACAAGGCACAAUAAAUUAAAAUGAAAUGC